AUGCCGAGUGUGGACGAUUUUAACGACAAGACCACGGCGUUUUGGAAGUGGCUGGUGGCCAACGGGGUCGAGAUCUCGCCGAAAGUGGCUAUUCAUGACUACCGGGCCCAGAACCAGGGCCGUGGGCUGCGUGCCGAAGAGGAUAUUCAGGAGGACGAGAUUUUGUUUACUAUUCCUAGAAAGUCUGUUAUUGCUGUUGAUAACGACAGCAGGUUUGUGGAGUUUCUGAAAUCGUCAGGUGAAGAGACAGAUCCGUGGUUCGGACUAAUUGCGUACAUGAUGAGCAUCCAAAGCUCGGACCGAUGGAAGCCAUAUUUUGAUAUUCUUCCUGAUUCGUUCAAUACACCCAUGUUUUGGAGUGACGAGGACAUUGAGAGGCUGCGUGGGUCGGCUUUAAUUGAUAAAAUCGGCAAAAAAGAAGCCGACAAUAGCUACCAUGAACAAGUAGUGCCGCUGUUGAACAGUCCAGGAGCAUCAGAGUUUUUCAGUGGUGAUAUCGACACAUCAAUCAACGCAUUCCACAGAAUGGGCAGUCUGAUUAUGUCGUACGGAUUCGAUAUCGAACCUUCUAAAAGCACAAACUCCACUAGCAACCACGGAAACGAUGGGAACGAGGAUGAGGAAGAUGACGAUGUGGAUGCAGUCAAAGCCAUGGUUCCACUGGCGGAUAUUCUGAAUGCACACACUCGCCUGUGUAAUGCCCAUUUAUGUCAUACAGACGACAACAGUGUAUUAGAAAUGAGAUCUAUCAAGAAAAUCGCUAAAGGAGACCAGAUUUAUAACACAUAUGGUGAGCUGCCGAACAGCGAUCUGAUGCGCAGAUAUGGCUAUGCCCAAGCAGGUGGUACCGAGUUCGAUGUUGUUGAAAUCAGUACUGAUCUGAUUAUUGACGCUGUUAAAAGCGAGCUCGUGAAUUCCAGUACCAAACUGACCAACCAGGAUAUCGACGCUCAAUUUGGGACACUUGCCAAACUAGAUCAAGAUAACGAUAUUAUUGACGAAGCAUACGACAUUCCCGUGUCCGGCGAGCUUGAACCGGAAACUAUAAUGCUCACGCUGUUUCUACAACUGACAGAACAGUCUCAAGGAUACAAACCACGAGCGGUUCUCGAAUCAAUCUACAACAAAGCACAAUCUGGCGAGCUAACCACCGAGUCACUCCCCAUCCUCCAACGGGCCAUCAACAGUCGACUUGCCAUGUACCCCGCACACCUUGUGUCGGAAAUCCGAAACGACCGCACCCCGGACCUCUCAGACGAGGUGUUCACGACCCGCGCCAAAAUGUGCCAAGAAGUGCUCAUUGGCGAGAUCCGCAUCCUCCUCAACUGUCUCGACUGGGUCAAAGACUGUGCCGUUCUCCCCUCGACCUCCAUCUUCACCGGACUCAAGAAAAAGCGCGAACCCGACACCGGGGCCUCUGACCCGGCAAAACGCCAGCGACACUAA